AUGAUACUUAUAAAUGUCCAAAUUCUCAAAUGCUGUAAUAAUGAUUAAACAGUAUUUAGAAAUAUAAGCAAACUCUUAAGAAUUCUUAAAAUUUUGCCAAUGAUUUAUAUUUAAGUGGUAGCUUUUUAAGUCUCUUAGUAUAAAGAAUCAAAUAGAAGGUAUGCAUUAUUAGAAUAAAGAUAUAUGAGAUUGGAAUAACAACAUAAUAAGUUAUUCAACUAAAAUAAAUAUAUAAAAUUUCUUGAAAAAGGAAAUAAAUCUGAGCUGGUGAAAAAUAGAAAAGAUAACGUUGACUUCACUACCCAGAGCCACUGUUGGUAUGAUAUCUGGUGGAGGAAGAGCUAAAAAACCUAUUCUUAAAGCAGAAAGACGGUUCCAUAAAUACAGAAGACUAAGAAAGAUGAUCAGGACUUCUUAGAAGUGAUGCUUAACUCAAAUAACGAAGACUUGACUUUUAAAUAAGCUAAAAAAUGA